AUGUAUCAGAUGAAUCAUGCAGCUGUUGCUUUGGCCGCUGCCAUGUUAUUAUGCUCUUUAUCUCCUGCCUUUACAGCUGAAACAAACGCCACCUUCAUACUCCCACCUUAUAUUCCGUCUGCAUGCUUUGGAAGCAAGGAUAUGGGGAAUAUGAUCGUCGGAGUAUCGCCUGCAUGUUUUGGAAGCAAGGAUAUGGGGAAUAUGAUCGUCGGAGUGGGGGAUUCAAUGUGGAAUAAUGGAGGUAUUUGUGGCAAGAAGCUGAGUGUAAAAUGUAUUGAUGAGGGUUCAAAAUGCAAAAGUUUGGCGGCCAUUGAAGUUACCGUUGUGGAACUUUGCCGGGGCUGCCCCGACUCCAUUAUUCUCUCUCUGCAAGCUUUUGAACUCAUAUCCUCCCAAGACGUUGGAGUCGUUAAAGUAGAUUAUGUUCAGUAA